UCCGAACAUUGUGAAAUUGGACACCUAAGUUUCUUCCCAACCCGGCCGCCCCUUCCACUUAUUACUCCAGAAACUAACUAAAGCUCAUGUGCUGGUCGUACAGUGCACAUUUCAACGUGUCGAAUGGUUUUUGAGCAAGAAACUGACGGGGGAAAAGAACACAAACAAACAAACAAAACAAAACAACACGGACGGAGCUUCUAAAGUUUAGCCUGAAACAAAACAGGGCCACGGAAGGAUUUCGCGAGCGGGCGGGGCGGCGGGAAGUGUAAGAUAGGGAGGGGGGGUUUCCUCACACUGGAGGAAUGAUUAACUAAUAAGACGCAAUUAAUUGAACUCUGUGAAUUUAUCCGCUUCGAUGGAUUGUCACUUUUGGACCGUAAUGGCAGUUUAUGUGUCAAGAACAGCGCUGCGAUAAGGAGAGGAGCACAUGGACGAGGAGGUGGACGGCAGUGGGAAGGAAGAACAGAAUGCUGAUGACCCUGCUCUUCCUUGUGCCAGCCUUGUGGCACAGAACCAGCCUCAGCACCACCAUGAGCUCUACACACAAGACCAGGACCUUCCCAUCAUGCACUGGGAGGAUUUGAGUUUGCGAAUAGCCGAGCUUGAGAAACAGGAGGAAGAGAGGAGGAAAAGAGCUGAGUCCAUGGGUUUAACAGACCAAGAACCAGUGCCAGGACCCUGGCCUCAUGUAAAGCACCAGUCACUUAACAGAAAGCAGUGGGAAGAUGCAGGUGAUCUUGGAGGACAUCGUUUUCCAUGCAUUACAUCUCGGUUUAACACUCCUAAAAACCUGCAGCUGUGUUUUAUCAACGAUAGUGAGAGCGAUCAAGAGGGUGAUGAAGGGGCAUCCUUCAGAGAGAGGCCACAUGAUUCACAGGGACAGGGGCGACAAUCUGCCGGCCUGAAACAGGAAGUCAGAGCAGCUCUGAAUGAGCUCCGAGAUAAGCUUUGGGCUGAGCAGGGGCAGCAACAGCAGCCGAGCCACAAGGACGUGAGCUUUAGGAGAAGAAAGCUUAGCCACAGUGACCUGCAAACCUGCUCUGUGCUUCAGCUAAAUGCUCUCAGGACUUCCCUCCAUGAAGACAUUCAGGAUCUGAGCUCAGAAUUAGUGAAGCAUCUGGUGGUGAGGGACAAUCUACGGACAAAGCAAGAUGCCAUGCUCCUGGAUGUACAGGAUAUGACAUCACUGUGACGCACAUCAAUCUAUAAUUAGCCUUUAUUAUAAAAUAGUCUGCCAUAUGAUAGGCCUUUUUGGAAUGAUGGACCUAUAUUACACCAGCAAUUUAUUGUCUAAUAUGUUUUUGUUUUCUACUUUACACUAACAAAGCCAUAUGAUCCUGUUUGUCUUGAUUCGCUUUUUUGUGCUCACACAAAUAUUGCUUACUAUGUGAAUGUAAUUAUUUUAGUCACAAGUUUUAUUGUGAGAAACUGUGCAUGUGUGAAAGAGUAGCUAAACAAGCAUGCUCUUCAUGUUUUCAACAUUUGUUUUACAUUACCAUCUGUAAAAACUGUGAAAGCUGCUAUUAAAUGUACGUGUGAUCAGUAA